AUGUUACGACUUUGGAAUAUAUAUCUCCAUGGAAAUCGAUUACAUCUGCCACUGGCACUGGCACCACACUGCCGGUGGCAGCUGAGGACUCUGAAUCGGAGGCCAUCAGAUACUACCACCUGGUUCUGCGUCCGAUCUCAAAGUUACACACAGUCUAGUGGACGGAGUGACGAUAUCAAGGACGGUUCUGUCCAGCGGGCGAAGAAAGGAGACACGAGUGAUCCAGGAGCCGCAGCAGUAGCCAGCGGGUUGGAGGAGAGGGAGGCCAAUGAAGGGAUCGCGGAUGACUCAAAGUCUGGAGCGACAACAGAAAGAGGUGGGAGCAAGCAUGCUGCAAAGGCCAAAAGAGAACACCCUGCUGCACCAGAGCCCAUCAUCGGAAUGAAUGACGAGCGAGCUCGAAAGGGCGGUUAA